UACAUUUUUACGGUUACCUUACUAGAUUGGGGACUUCGGACUUUCAAAGAGUAUGCAGACAGUGUAUAAUUGUACGUUAGGAGGUACUCCAAGUCACAUGCCUCCCGAGUACUUUAGCAAAAAAGGAAGUCCAAAUAAAUCAUGGGAUGUUUACAGUUUUGGGAUUCUUUUAUAUGAAGUCGCAAGUGGAAAGACCGUUUUUGAAGAGAUAGGCAGUGAUGUUCAAAGAUUGAUGUUUUGUGUUGUUAUGAACGAAGACCGUCCAGAAAUCUGUGAUAGCUAUCCGGCCUUUAUCAAAGAACUGAUGAUGAAAUGCUGGGGUACUAAUUCUGACAACAGACCAAAUUUUAAAGAAAUAAAACUGGCAAUAAGAAGAGCUUAUGAAGAUAAAUACGAAAUAUCAAUAUUGGAAGCAAUAAUUAAAGUUCUAACUCAACUAAAGGAUCAACAAUGUAUGACUGAACUAGAUGCCAGAAUGAGCAAUUUGCAAACAAGAGGAAGACAAAUAGAAAACCAAGAAGGCAGCUCCGAGCUUGUUAUCGCCAAUGAAGCAAACAAAAAAACAGCUACAAUGAAUCAGAUGUCUGAUGAACAAAAUGACAAGUUCAUUCAAACCGCAUCUUGUGUUAAUACAGCGGUUCUACAGUCAACAGGGCGACCGAUCCCUGCUAAUUCAUCUACUGAGUCACAUCGUGAGAUUACGGUUUCACAGUCAACAGGGCGACCAGUACCUGCUAAUUCAUCUACUGAGUCACAUCGUGAGAUUAUUACAGAACCUGCUCCAAUAUCACCAAGGCGACCAGUCUCUGCUAAUUAUUGUACUGAAUCACGUCCUGAGAUAAAAAAUGGUGAAAAAAUACUUACUGAUGGUGAUAAACAAUGUGUCCUGGACUAUCUAACAGAAGACAAUUUUCAAAAAUUAGCAAAAAAAUUUGGCUUAAAACCUGGACAAAUUAGUAGUAUCAAAAUCGACAAUUCUUCUUAUAAUGAUCAAGUGUAUGCACUUAUUGAGAAAUGGGAGAGAAAAAAUGGAAGACGAACAAGAAGGCAGUUAUGUGAAUGUUUGCGGGAUGUGGAUUGCACUAUAAUUGAUGAAUUAAAUAAACUUUAGGCCCAUUUUUAUAAUUGGUUAUUAUAGUUAUUGUAUGUUCAUUGAUGUGGAAAACCACAGAGAGCUUACAUUAACUACUUAACUACUAUGUACUUAUAAAACCAUUACAAGAAAAUAUAUGAAAUAUAAAAUAAAAUAAAAGUACUAUAACAA